AUGGCGUUGGUAUCCCCUUCAGGCGGGUACUCCUUUACAAAUUCUGCUCUUUCAGUUCACAGUCGAGAGCAAAAUCAAUAUAGGGGAGAGAAGUGUGUUUUGCAUUUUCUUGAUGGUGCUCCAGUGUACGGCCUUGCUUGGUGCAGAGGAUAUGUUUCCAUCCCAGAUUGUCUAAAUUGUUUCAACAAUGGUGUAGCUCAGCUAAACAGAUGUGGGGUUGCUAAUGGUGCUCAUGGUUUUUACAAUAAGUGCGAUGCAUGGGAUCUACAUGAGAGUUCAACGUAUCUGAAUUUAAUCGAUGAGAAACUAGAUCCUAGUGAAUAUGCAGUAGAACAUGCUAUGGAGAUCAUCAAGAUAGCAUUGAUGUGCACUCAACCACCAUCAACUAGACCUGCAAUGUCUGAAGUGGUUAUGCUUUUAAGUGAAAAAUCUCUUCAAGAAAUUUUGUUAUACAAACAACCAGUAUAUCAUAGUCAAGUUCUCCUCAAGAAUAUUGAGAUAUGUCGUUUAUAUGAUCUUGAUAGUGUGAGUGAAAAUGUUAUGAAGAUUGAUGUGAUGCAUCACUAG